AUGGGUCACGACGACGUUCAUCACCCAACCUGUCCAUUCUGUCCUUUCUCUGAUCCUGAUGAUACUUUUGUUGCGCAGCAUGUUGAAUACUGUCAUCCUGAAGGUGGCGGACAAACUGAGCCCCCCUCUGGAGAAAACGGGGAUGAAGAUCAACCAUCUCCCAGAUACCUACAACCACGAAUCCCAGGGGAUGAAAAGGUGUACAUCAGAUGUCAACACGGCUGUGGUGAGAUCCUACUAUCUGCUGAAAUCCCGUAUCAUCUUGAUAUGCAUGCCGCAGAAGGGAUGGCAGUUGACGAUGCGCCGUCAAUCUAUCCAAAACGCCCCGUGACGGUGAGCAAGGUCCAGGACCCCGGUCUUACACGCUCAAAAGGUCGAACGGGCGAUGGCGAGGCCCUCGGAGAUACUUGCAACGUUUCACUCCAACCCCGGGGUCGAAGGCAGGGGCCUGGUCCAUCCUCAACGGAAAACGAGGUGACAAGCCCUCUGCUAGCCAAUGUGUCACUUCCUGGAAGUGUGAAAAGACUUGGACGUGCAGAACUGGGACCAUACGCCCAUGAGAAACGAAUGCCGGCAUGGCUUCGGAGACUACUAGAACAGGGCGCAAAGAAAACUCAGUCCAACAUCAUCGGCCCAAAUGGCAAGCUCUCAAAACUAGAGACAAGUGAUAAUGAGGCCAGCAAUGUGAUCUCACUGCUCUCCCAGCUAUGCGAACAGGAUAAGUCUGUUCAGCGAGCUUUUUUCUGCAGUCCGAAGGUCCGUCAAAUUUCCAAGAUGCCAAGGGAAGGCGGUUUCUGCGGUUACAGGAAUAUCCAGAUGCUCAUCUCGUACAUUCAAGAAUCUCAUAUCUCCGGUCAUGAGCAUUUCACUGAGACACUACCGACUAUUCUGCAGCUACAAGAUAUGAUCGAACGUGCAUGGGAUAUGGGAUUCAACAGCGUAGGAAGAGCUGAGACUGGGGGAAUUCGCGGCACCAGGAAGUACAUUGGCACACCAGAGGCACAGGCUUUAUUUCUGAGUCUGGGGAUUGACUGCGAAGCAAGUAGCAUCGGAGAAACCAGAGAAAUGCGUGCCCACGACGCCUUGUACGCGGCUGUCGCCGCCUAUUUUCGGUGCGCAUGCUCCUUGGAUGGAGAUGACAAAGUCUUUUUGACCAACUUACCCCCGAUAUAUCUACAACACCAUGGUCACUCUUUGACCAUCGUUGGCUUCGAAGUCCGAGGAGACGGAGGUGCGAAUCUGCUCGUCUUCGACCCAAUGUUCAAAAUCCCUCUUGCAAAAUACAAGGUGUUUGAGCUUCUCAAACUGCGCGUUUCUUAG